GGCACCCUGUACGUUGUACGGAAUUAAAUUGCGCUCUGUCACAUUGCACGUCGGUGCAGAGCUUUGUAACAAACAAACAACGAAGACGUUUAACAAAUUAAACUUUAGCUUCUCGGUUAAAAGGGUCAAUUAACUAAGGGUUACGGGAGAGAUUAAAAGUCACCAUGAGGGCCGUCCCGUCGUGGAACGACAAAGCGUACGACAAGGAUAAAGCGGAGCAAUGCAUAAAUGACUUGGCGUUCAAACCAGAUGGGACACAGCUGAUCGUGGCAGCAGGCACCAAGGUCCUGGUUUAUGACACGUCGGAUGGGACGCUGAUACAGCCACUGAAAGGACACAAAGACACAGUAUAUUGCGUGGCAUAUGCAAAGGAUGGGAAACGCUUUGCCUCUGGCUCAGCAGACAAAAGCGUCAUCAUUUGGACGUCCAAGCUUGAAGGGAUCCUCAAAUACACGCACAAUGACGUCAUCCAGAGUGUGGCCUAUAACCCCGUGAGCCACCAGUUGGCCUCAUGUUCCUCUAGCGAUUUUGGGUUGUGGUCACCAGAGCAGAAGUCAGUGCAGAAGCACAAGGCUUCCAGCCGCAAAUGCUGCAGCUGGACUAAUGACGGGCAGUACCUGGCUCUGGGGAUGUUCAACGGCGUCGUGAGCAUCCGCAACAAGAACGGCGAAGAGAAGGUGAAGAUUGAAAGGCCAGGGGGCCACCCCGUCUGGUCCAUCUGCUGGAGCCCAUCGCGGUGA